AUGGCCAACCCUGGAGUAGGGGUCGCGUUCGACCCUAAUGACAUGAGCAGUUGGUACUUCCGCGAGCUGUCGCGGGCCGAAGCGACCCGGUUGCUUCUCAACGAGUCGGAGAGUGGUGUGUUCCUAGUCCGAGACUCCAAGACGAUACAGGGUGACUACGUUUUAUGCGUCAGGGAAGACGGCCGCGUGUCCCACUACAUAAUAAACCGCGUGGUUUCCUCGGAGGGCGGUGUCCGGUACCGAAUCGGCGACCAACUGUUCGCUGACAUGGCGUCACUGCUCUCCUUCUACCGGCUACACUAUUUGGACACUACGCCGCUAGUGCGUCCGUUGCCACAGGCGAGGGCCAGAGCUGCAGCACCACCGCCCGCCCAGCCUCACCAAGUCCUGGAGUUGGAACACGCAGGGCCGCACCGGCUCCAUCCCCGUGCCCUACGUGCAGAGGGUGAGACACCAUCAUAUUAUUAUCAUGAGGGACAAUGGGGGACCGCCAGGAACACGCAGGGCCGCACCGGCUCCAUCCCCGUGCCCUACGUGCAGAGGGAACACGCAGGGCCGCACCGGCUCCAUCCCCGUGCCCUACGUGCAGAGGGUGAGACACCAUCAUAUUAUUAUCAUGAGGGACAAUGGGGGACCGCCAGGAACACGCAGGGCCGCACCGGCUCCAUCCCCGUGCCCUACGUGCAGAGGGAACACGCAGGGCCGCACCGGCUCCAUCCCCGUGCCCUACGUGCAGAGGGUGAGACACCAUCAUAUUAUUAUCAUGAGGGACAAUGGGGGACCGCCAGGAACACGCAGGGCCGCACCGGCUCCAUCCCCGUGCCCUACGUGCAGAGGGUGAUAAAGAUGAACAUGAACGGCCAAUGGGAAGGCGAGGUGAACGGUAAGCGAGGACACUUUCCAUUCACAUACGUGGAGUUUCUCGACGACGCGGCCGCGAGCUAA